AUGCAGACUACGAUUCCUAGAAAAAGGAAUUAUAACGAACGGCAGCAAUCAGAUUCAGAGGAUGACAUCGGAGACGAGAACACAUAUGAAGGAAGUUAUAAGGGAGGCCCAAGGAAAAGAAGGUAGACUAACAUGGACAGUUAGUAUGAUAACGAGGACUAAACUCAACAAAAAUAAAUGUAAUAGAGUAUCCAAGAAAUGACUAAAAACUUGCCUAUCGCUAAGCAUAAGAACCAAAUCAUGAGAAAACUAGAAAAGAACAGAGUCUUAGUCAUCUCAGGUGAUACUGGAUGUGGCAAGACUACCCAGGUGCCUAAGUAUAUACUUGAGUCUGCCGAUUUUAAGAAGCAGGAGUGCAAGAUCAUCUGUACUUAGCCUCGAAGACUCGCUGCCGUCAAUAUUGCGAAGAGAGUUGCCUAAGAGUUGGGUGAAAGAGUGGGGCUAAGAGUAGGCUAUCAAGUAGGUAUGUAGAGUCGCAGGACUAAAGGACUGACCAAAAUCAUUUUCAUGACAACAGGUAUCUUCCUUUAAAGAUUAGUCAACAAUCCAGACUCAAUAAAAAAGUGCACUCACAUUAUCAUGGAUGAGGUACAUGAAAGAGACCUUGACAUAGACUUCUCGCUAGUCGUGAUUAAGCACUUGCUAUGCAAAGAAACUGAGGGCUUUGGCUUUAAGCUAAUACUAAUGUCAGCCACAUUCAACAUUGAGCUGUUUACCAACUACUUCUCUAAGAGUUCGAUUAAGUCAAUAGAAGAAAUGAAAGUAUAUGUGGGUGUAGAAGAAAUGAUGCGGUAGCAAGAGGAGGAAAAAAAACAAAAGCUGGAGAGAUAGUGGGGGCCAUGCAAAUAGGAAGACUGGAACAAUCCCGCAAAGUAUCUAGAAGCCUAAAUGCAAGAAGAUGAAUGGGUAGAAGCCACCGAAAUCCAUAAUAAAAAUGUGAUGCCAAUUGAGAAGCAAUAGGAUCCAGCAGAUGUGAUUGAAAUCAAUGCAAGAUUGUUCGAAGUAAAGGAGUUUUAUCUGGACCAGUUGGUAGACAAUAUCCGCAAAGACGAAUUAAUCUAAAAAUCAGCAUAAGACAACGACCUGUUGCUCGAGUCACUCUCCAUCAAUGAAUGCAACAAGCCUUAGAUCAAGGAGUGCUCCAUGAAAGUGGCCUCACUUUUAAUAUGCGAUGUAAUUGAGAGAUUCAAUAGAUUCCAAGACGACGAGAAUGACAAGAAGAGCAUACUGGUGUUCUUGCCAGGUCUAUUCGAGAUAUUUGAGUUCAUUGAUUUCAUAAAUGAGAACUAUGACCCAAUGUGGGUCAGAAAUAAUCUAGAGCUGAUUCCUCUACAUUCAUCUUUGUGUGAGGAGGAGUAGGAAAAAGCUUUCAAGAGCAGUCAAAAGAUGGACGGCAAGAGAAAGGUCAUAAUAGCCACCAAUAUAGCUGAAAGCUCAAUUACUAUACCAGAUAUCAAGUAUGUGAUAGACUUCAUGCUCACAAAGGAACUGUUUUAUGAUCCAAUGACAAAGAGUGAGUCACUAAUUCUAAGUUGGGUAUCUAAGGCCUCGUCAAAGUAAAGAGCAGGUAGGGCAGGCAGAGUGGCUGAUGGUCUUGUGUUCAGACUAUGCAUGCAAAAAUUCUAUAAUAAUGCCAUUCCUGAGUAUCCUAAGCCAGAGAUGCAAAGAUGUCCUCUAGAAAAACUGAUACUGUAAAUAAAACUUUGGAAUAGAUAUGAACCUGAGGAAGUAUUGGGAAGAGCUAUUCAACCUCCAGAGUUUAGAGACAUAUGCAAUGCUAUUAAAAACUUACAACAAACAGGAGCAUUGACUAUUCCACCACCAUUUGCAUAGACUGAUGAGGAUAAGAGAACUAAAAUUACAGCACUUGGCAAGAUAUUUGUCAACUUACCUUGUGAUCUCAAGAUAACUAGACUAUUCCUCUUUGGCAUGGCAUUAAAAUGCAUGUCACAGGCCAUUAUUAUGGGUUGCUUACAUCAACAGUCAAGAUCUAUUUUCAGAAGCAACAGAGUGCAUGACCUUGUAAAUAUGACUAAGUUGUAGUGUAUUUAUGAUAACAACAGGGACUCUGACUCUAUGAUGCUGCUGAGGGUAUUCCAAGAGUGGAUACAUAAGUUUCAUCCACACUUAAAGCAUAAGUAAAAUCCGACUAACCAGAACCCCACUAACCAAGUCAUACCCUAAAGGCCAGUUUAUGAGCACAGACGACUUAGAUUCUCCAGACCAAGUCAUUGUAAGUAUAAUUCUUUUAUCAUUUGUAAAGCUGAGAGAUAAUGGUGCAGAGAUAGAAACUUAGAUCUGAGUAUUAUGAAAGAGGUCGCCACGAUGGUUGAAGAAGUAAGACAAAGAUUUCAAAAGAUGAAUAUUCCUGAAAAAUGCCUCAACUCCAAAGUAAAACUAAGAGAUGAUAAUCCAGAUGCAAUCCUUAUUAUGAAACUUUGUAUCGGAGGGGCUUUUUACAAUAAAUAUGUAAAAGCAGCUUAUAAAAACGAGGACACCUUAGCGAAGAUGGCUUCUUCCUCUCUUUUUGUUGAUGACGAAGCAAAGAGAGCCAUAAUAUUGAAUAAGGUAUCUGAGCACAUUCAAGACCAUCACUUAAAGCAAUACUUCGAGGGCAAAUUCAAAGUGAAUGUUGAGUCAGUCAAGAUAUCUAUGGAUAAACCGACUAUUAUCUUUGGACCUGAGAUCCUAGAAAGAGGUUUCAUUAAAGCAUGCUUCAAAUUAGGUUUAAGGACUAGAGAGGAAGAAUAUGUGGACUAGACAAAAUUCAAGUCAAGAAUAUUCGGUGAAGAAAAGGCUAAAGCCUAAGAUGUGUUAUAUUCCUACCAAGAAAUACAAGAGUAAUUGGAGAAUGAAGAAUUAAGGAGGCCAUUGUUUCUGUAUGAGAUAAGAUUCGAAACUCUAAACAAGGAUGCUUACGUGGAGUUUGAGAGAGAUUCAAUAAAUAACUUUGCCUAUGAAUUGGAUGAAAACAAGCUGAUGCAUGUUACGUAUGCCUGCCAAGACUACUACGACAAGGGAGGUAGGUUUAUGUGUCGUAACAGCACUCGAUUACCUGAUGUACCAAUGGUCGAUGCACUUUAUUGCUUGCUAUUUGCACCGAUAGUUUAAGUGAAGGCAAACUCUAAGAAGCAAUUCUUCGAAAAGAUUAUCUGUGAUGAAGGAGAACUAAUCAUUAAGCUGACUCAUAUACUGACUCAUCAAGACUUAGAGAUAAUCCAGAAGAUAAGAAGCAUGAUGAAUGAGACUCUCUGCAAUGAAGACAAUUUGAAGCAGGCUCAUCUAGCAUAGGUGGAUUUCUUCAUUAAAAGGCUGUUCUCUUUCAACAGAAUAUCAGUGGAUGUAUUUGAAAAACUAAAUGGACUCAGGGAAGAAGAUAAGAGGUUCUAACCAGUAGACUCAGUCAAAGAUGCUCCUAAGAAAGAUGAUCUCGAAAUGUUCAUGGAAGGAGAUGGAAAUUUCUUUAUGGAGGAGGAAACUAAAAAUACUUAGAGUUUGUCAAAAGAGGGUGAAGGCUAUGAUGAAGUAGAUAAUUUCGAAGGGGAGGAACAGACUAUUAUUAGCAACUCUGAUUUAAAAAAUCGCCAGUAGCGAUAUGAGAAGGAAUGCUCAAUGGGUUACUUCCUAUAGCCAAUCUAUGUUUAGAAGCUGAAGCAAAAGAUCUACUUCUACGAUGAGUUAGUUAGACAGAUGGAGGAGGAGUUCAAGAAAAGAGUGGCUUAGAAGAGGAAGAUAAUAGAGAAGAUCAGACAGAAGGCAAAAGAAUUGGAUCAGAAGGAUGUCACUGUGAUAUGUGAUAGAUGCAAGCAGGACAUAGCUCCACUUAAGACCUUUGACUACAUCUCAGAUGACCUUCAUUAUGCUAAGUGUGUGUUCGGAGCACUAAGAAGAGUUGAAAUUCAAGAGGCAUCACAUUCAUAAUAUGAUGAGGACAGGGAAUUCAUUGACAUCUUCCUAGAAAUCUUUGAGAAGGAAAAGUUCAGCAUUCCAGAGGAGUAGCUGUACAUAUCGACUCCCUAAAACAACAAGAUCUAUUACUUUGCCUUCAGUAAGUGCAGACAAAAUCAUAUAGUUGGCAUCGUUAAGAAUCAGCGAUUUUACAUGACUGAUAUCUCACCCAUUCAACUGCUGUUCCCUAAUUCCAACUAUCAAACCUGGGACUCUCGCUUCUGGUAAAAAGGCUACUCUGAGGCUAUGAAGCACUUAAGCAGGACACUCUUAUUAAGAGCUUAGAGCUGCCAAAAACUAGGAUUUGAAAACAAAGAUGGCCAUAAAAUUGCUGAUAUCUACUGUGAGUUAUGUCAUGUAAUUCUUAAAGGGCCAGAUGACUUUGUGGCGCAUUGCAAGGGUAACAAGGAGCACAAAGAUCUUGAGACUAAAUUCCUAUCAUCUGACUACGAUCAGCUACUUAGCGAGUAGGCUAAAAAGGGUGGAGUUAUCAGUACUGCUAGUAACGCCAAUCAACAAUCAGUUAAAUCUAUACAGUGA